AUGAUCAGAAGACAAGCAAGAGAGAGAAGAGAAUACCUUUACCGUAAGGCAUUAGAGUUACAAGAAUCCAGUAAAACGGAGAAGAGACAACAGCUUAAGGCAGCAUUAGCUAGUGGUAAACCAUUACUGAAAGAAUUAGGAGAUGAUGUUCAAUUACAAAAAGAUUUCAUAUAUGACGAGAGUGAGCAAACUGAGAUAGAUGAUGAAUAUAGUGCAUUAAGUGGUAUAGCAGAACCCAAACUUAUAAUAACUACUUCGAGAAAUCCAUCAGUAAGAUUAUUACAGUUUGCCAAAGAGUUGAAAUUAUUUUUCCCAAAUUCGCUUAAGUUAAACAGAGGUAAUUAUAUUAUACCAGAUUUAGUUCAAUCAUGUAACAGAACAGCCAUAACUGAUUUGGUACUUAUACAUGAACAUAGAGGUGUUCCCACAUCAUUAACGAUUUCCCAUUUCCCACAUGGACCAACUGCUAUAUUUACAUUACAUAAUGUUAAGUUAAGACAUGAUUUACCAAAUAUGGGGAAUAUGCUGGAAACUUACCCACAUUUAAUAUUUGAAAAUUUUACUAGUAAAUUGGGGGAGCGAGUUGUUAAAAUGAUUAAACAUUUAUUCCCGCCAGGAGUCAAAAAGGAUAGUUCAAGAGUUAUAACAUUUAUAAAUAAUGAUGAUUUUAUAUCUGUUAGACAUCAUGUUUAUGUUAAGACUAAAGAAGGGGUUGAAAUUAGUGAAGUUGGACCAAGAUUUGAAAUGAGAUUGUAUGAAUUAAGAUUAGGAUUGGUUGAUAAUAAAGAUGCUGACGUUGAAUGGCAAUUAAGAAGAUUUACUAGAACUGCUAGUAGAAAGAAUUAUUUAUAG